UGAAGACUUUGGCAUUUAUCCGAAUCUUGAUUUUAUAGAUGUAAGCCAUAACAACUUGUAUGGAGAAAUCUCACACAAUUGGCAAAAAUGCCCAAAGUUGACAGCCCUACGACUUGCGGGAAACAACCUUACUGGGAGCAUCCCACCUGAGAUAGGCAAUGCAACCCUAUUACAUGAGCUAGAUCUCUCUUCGAAUCAUUUAGUUGGGUUGAUUCCAAUGGGAUUCGGGAGACUGACUUCUUUGGAGAGGUUAAUGUUGAAUGGAAAUCAACUUUCGGGUCGUAUACCUUCUGAAUUCGGAUCAUUGACUAAUCUUGAUUAUCUUGACUUGUCAACAAAUAAAUUCAGUGACUCAAUUCCCAGCAUUCUAGGUGACUUGCUCAAAUUAUACCAUCUGAAUUUGAGCAACAACAAGUUAUCUCAAGCAAUUCCACUUCAGUUGGGGGAGUUAGUUCAAUUAAACGAACUGGAUUUAAGUCAUAACUCUCUUGAAGGUAGCAUACCAUCAGUAAUGAGCAAUAUGGAGAGUUUGGUGACGCUCAAUCUUUCCCACAACAAUCUUUUGGGUUCCAUACCAUCAAGUUUCGAAAAGAUGCACGGCUUGUCGUACGUUGACAUAUCCUACAAUCACUUGAAAGGUCCCCUUCCCAACAUCAAUGCAUUUCGAGAAGCUCCAUCAGAAAGAUUGAAAGGGAACAAAGGAUUGUGUGGCAAAGUUGGAGCUAUGCUACCACCCUGCAAUGCACAUGGCUCAAAAAAGGACCACAAGGUCAUAUUCUCUGUUCUAGCAGUAUUGGUACUUCUAUUUGCUCUCUUUACAAUUGUCUUUGCAAUAGUGCAAAUAAAGAAGAAGCAUCAAGAUACUAAACAAAACCACAUGCAUGGAGAAAUUUCCUUUUCGGUUUUAAAUUUUGAUGGAAAAUCAAUGUAUGAUGAAAUCAUAAGGGCAACAGAAGAUUUUGAUUCCACAUAUUGCAUUGGGAAGGGAGGACAUGGAAGCGUCUACAGAGUAAAUUUGUCAUCUGGAGACGUAGUGGCCGUGAAGAAACUCCAUCUGCUAUGGGAUGGCGGGAUAGAAUUUCAAACAGAGUUCUUCAAUGAAGUAAGGGCACUUAGUGAGAUAAGACAUCGGAAUAUUCUGAAGCUCUAUGGUUUCUGUGCACAUAAACGACACUUGUUUUUGGUGUAUGAAUAUCUUGAAAGAGGCAGCUUAGCAGAAAUGUUGAGCAAAGAUGAAGAAGCUAAAGAUUUGGGGUGGAGUAAAAGGGUGAAUAUUGUUAAAGGCUUAGCUCAUGCCUUGUCUUACAUGCACCACGAUUGCUUGCCACCGAUUGUACAUCGUGACAUCUCAAGCAAGAACAUUUUGUUGGAUUCUGAAUAUGAGGUCUGUGUUUCAGACUUUGGCACAGCUAAGUUUUUAAAUCCAGACUCAACUAAUUGGACUGCAGCUGCAGGCACACAUGGCUAUAUGGCACCAGAGCUUGCUUAUACAAUGGAAGUGAAUGAGAACUGCGAUGUUUAUAGUUUUGGUGUGGUCACAUUGGAAAUAAUUAUGGGAAAGCAUCCUGGAGAUCUUUUCUCAUCUUUCUCAUCAGUCUCUUCAUCCUCCUCCUCCUCAUCAUCAUCUGCAUUACCAGCCCAUCAAAUACCAAUUGUGGAUGUUUUGGACCAACGCAUUUCCCCUCCUACACAUCAACUUGCAAGCGAAGUGGUCUCUCUUGUGAAGAUAGCAUUUUCAUGCUUGAAUUCUAGCCCGAAAUCUCGUCCAACAAUGAAACAAGUUUCUCAUUUCCUCUCAACUAAGAUGCUGCAUUUUUCGAAGCCGGUACAUAUGAUGACAUGUGGUGAAUUGCUUGCUCUUGAUCCUUUGGCUACCUGAUCAGAAUGUGCUUCUUUCUUAUGCACAUUUCACUUUUCUUGUGUCUUCUAUUUAGAAAGAUUCUC